AUGCAGCAGCUCCGCAACGACCGCUCUGCUUCCAGCCCCGACGCUCGCUCUUCUUCUUCCUCACCCACUUGCCCCGUCGCAGCCGCCUCCGACUCGAUCGAUCCCACGACUUCUUCGACUUCUGCGACUCCUGCGACAAAGGCCUCGGACCCCGCGACUCGAGCCAUCUCCAUCGCGGCCGCCACAGCAGCAAAGGCGGUUGCAGCGCAGGCUACCACGGCGGCAACCUCACACCCCUUCAACUUCCUCGCACACGAGCGCCCUUCGAGUCAACCCGCAGCAUCAUGGAGGCAUGGCCCUAGCCAACCCAACCUGGCCUCCCACGUGCCCGCUCUCAAUACCAACGCGGCGUCGUCCCCGACCUCGACCACCAGUGCGAUUCACCAGUCAAGUUUAUACACAGCCGCCAGCCCUCGAGGGCCCACGGUGCCCGGUCGAGGGCUAGCGGAGGCUCAAAACACGACGAAACGUUCCUCGGCUGGGACGAGAGGGGAUCCCGCGAUGCAUCCGUCGCCUGUCAAGAAGGCUCGCACUGGUGCAUCUCCGCCCCGCAAGGUCGAGAUCCCAUCUGUAGCAGCUGGUCUGCAGAUAUCCGCAAGAGCACAGGUGGAAGGGCCGAUUUCUCCGUUGUUCUUCUCCCAUACGCCUUCAAGACAUGUCAAUCGACCACAGGGUUUCCCUACCGCUGAAGUUGCGGCGUCCAUGCUUACACGCAUGCGGGAGGAUCCGUCUGGAAGUGUAACGACGCUCAAACUGCCCCGGGCCAGUGUGAGCGCUGUUGCGGCAGCUCGAUCGGAGAGCACUCCAGGAAGCUGGGGCUCCUCAAUGGAUGUCCCUGCGCACUCGUCAAGUGCCGAGAGCAGGAAUCUUCCACCAGGACUACAAAUGCUUCAGGGUGUUGGUGUGAUCGAAUUUCUUGAGCAGGAUGAUCGACCUACCUUUUUAAUAGACUUGGAUAACUCAGCCAACGCCAGCCGCGCCGGGCUCCACAUACUAUACUACAACGCCUCACUCCGGGGGGCGCACGAAGUUCUGCAAUCUCUAACAGUGGACCAAGAAGAUGCCAGCCCGGACACCGACUUUGGGCGCUUCAAAUCAUGGAUAAUGCAGCCCACCAAGGCUCAAGGCUCAUCCGAUGCGGGCCAAGUCUCCCAUGUAUACGCUGGCAUCACUUGGACCUUCUCAUCGUUGAGAAAGAGGUUCCGUUUUAUUAGCGGCCACGGAAGCUUCGCCAGCGCCCCGCCAGCAUCACCAAUGGCACCGCCGUCACCCGAAAUCCCAGCGAUCCCCGAUACCGAAAUCAUCGAUGCCCCGGACUAUUUCAGCAGAGCCGGAAACUAUGAUGCCGAUUCCGGAGCCGUGGAGGUUGUCAUGGGCCAGGGCGAUUCAAGGCUGCAUCCUGACGAAUUCACUAAUCAGGUGUUCCAAUCGCAACCCGCAAAAUCAAUAUUCGAUUGGACGAGGAUACCCAUCACGGAUAGUCUCCCCGAACACAUCAAAUUUGCCCGGUCGGUUGACUGGGCGUCCACCCCCCUGGGACCAAUUGACGACUGGCCUGCCGAUCUUAGGACCAUGUCUAACAUGGUCAUGGGAAGUCCACAUCCCGCGGCAAUGUACUGGGGACCACAGUUCGUUUGCAUUUACAACGCUGCUUACCUGGAAAUGGCCGGCCGGAAACAUCCACAGCUCAUGGGAUCCAUGUACCAGGACGCCUGGCCCGAAAUAUGGGAUGAACUUGAGCCCGUCUUCAAGAGCGCAAUGGAGGCCGGUCAAGCCACUAUGAAGCACGAAAACCAGCUUUUCAUUGACCGACACGGCUAUUUGGAAGAAUCAUUCUUCUCCUGGUCUAUCGUUCCUCUGGUGGGCGGCGAUGGUGAGGUUGUUGGUCUAUACAACCCUGCCUUCGAAAAUACCCGGCGGAGAGUCAACGAGAGGCGGAUGCUCAUGCUUCGUGAAAUCGGGGAGAGAACGGCUGCAGCUACGACUGUUGGUGGUUUCUGGCCCCAGGUGCAGAAGGGCUUGGAAUAUGACGAACAUGAUGUACCAUUUGCACUGAUUUACUCGGUCAAGGAUGACACCGAGAGCGAGGCGUCUUCUCUGCAUUCCGGGAGCAUGGCCCACUCGCACCAGUUAGUGUUGGAGGGUUCACUUGGUGUUCCCGAUGGACAUCCUGCUGCAUUAUCGAACCUCGACCUACGACAGUCCGAUGAAGGUUUCGCCCCUUACAUGCGACAGUCUAUGUCAGCGGGCGGCGUCCCAAUUGUGCUUUCCCAGCAGGCUGGUACCCUUCCUUCGAAUUUGAUUCAGGGACUGAAGUGGAGAGGUUUUGGAGAUCCUUCACAAACACUCGUCGUGUUCCCAGUCACCCCAACUACAACGAGAGAAACUGUCAUUGGAUUCAUUAUUAUAGGCGUGAACCCUCGGCGACCUUACGACGAGGACUAUAAGCUCUUCAUUCACCUUCUAUCCCGACAACUUGCCACCUCGAUGGCCUCCGUGCUCUUGUUUGAGGAUGAAAUCAAGCGUGGCCAAAAGGCGGCCCGCUUGGCUGCGUUGGACCGCCAAGAACUCUCCUUGCAACUCUACCUUCGAACACAGGAGGCCGUGGAAAGUGAGUACAGGUUUACUCGAAUGGCUGAGUUUGCACCUGUCGGAAUGUUCAUUGCCAAUUUCGCCGGGAAGAUCAGUUAUUGCAACGACAUGUGGUGGCAGAUCUCACGACACUCUCGAGAAGAGGAUUCCGUGGACAGUUGGAUGGACAGUGUUCGUGACGAGGAUCGGCCCUGCCUGGAGGCCGCCUGGGGCCGCCUCCUUAAUGACAAGGUGACGAUAUGUGUCGAAUUCCGAUUCAAGUGCAGCCAAAGGAAUGGAGACAAGACUAUUGACACUUGGGUCCUCAUGAGUGCGUAUCCAGAGAAGACAUGUGACGGCAGCUUCAAGUUAAUAUUUGGCUGCAUUACGGAUAUCUCUUCUCAGAAAUGGGCUGAAAAGGUCCAGACUGAGCGUCGCGAGGAGGCAGUGGAACUCAAACGGCAGCAGGAAAACUUCAUUGAUAUCACGAGCCACGAGAUGCGCAAUCCUUUGUCAGCGAUCCUGCAAUGUGCCGAUCAGAUUGCAAACAACAUCAGUGCCUUUGAGUGCCACGAAGACAGAGAAGAAGUGGAAACGUUGCUGGAUAACUGUCUCGACGCGGCGAACACCAUCAACCUCUGCGCAAGCCACCAGAAGCGCAUUGUCGAUGAUAUCCUGACGCUCUCUAAGCUCGACUCUAACCUCCUGGCAGUAACUCCAGUAGAUGAGCAGCCUGUGCGAGUGGUACAACGGGCCUUGAAGAUGUUCGAGGCCGAGUUGAUCGCACAUGAUAUCGAAUUCGACUUCCAAGUCGACGACAGCUUCGAGAAGCAUGGUAUCAAAUGGGCGAAACUUGAUCCAUCAAGGCUCCGACAGGUCCUCAUCAAUCUGAUGACAAACGCCAUCAAAUUCACACAGGGCAGAGAGAAGCGAAGUAUUUUGGUCAGCCUCAGCGCAUCCAAGGACGAGGCGGAGGUGACCAAAAGAGGCCUCCCCUACUUUGAUAGGAUCGAUCAUCCACGCACGGCCAUCGUGGACAUCAAUAAUGUGGAAGAGUGGGGAAAUGGCGAGGAGAUCAACCUUCACUGUACAGUCGAGGAUACCGGCCCUGGUCUGCUCGAGGAGGAAGUGAGGCUCUUGUUCCAACGCUUUCAACAGGCAACCCCACGAACUCACGUGCAGUACGGUGGCUCGGGGCUGGGUCUCUUCAUCUCCCGAAUUCUGACGGAAAUGCAGGGUGGACAGAUUGGAGUUUCGUCUCGAAGGGGCAUUGGAAGCAGUUUCAGCUUUUACAUCAAAGCUCGCCGCUCUUUGCACCCCCCUUCUGAGUACGAGCGCGUCACACCGUUCAAGAUUUCCCGGAAAUCACAAUCCCCUGCAACCCCUUCAAGACCGCAGCCGACGCGCCAGCUGUCACGCACAAUGUCUCAGGAUGCUACUCAGCUUUACGACGUUCUGAUUGUCGAGGAUAACAUUGUCAACCAAAAGGUCCUACAGCGCCAGCUUCGCAACUGCGGAAACAACACCUUUGUGGCGAAUCACGGCAAGGAAGCCCUUCAGACGCUCCAGCGGUCUAGGUUUUGGCUGGGCCAGGAGGCCGAGGGUGUGGACAUAUCCGUCAUUCUGAUGGAUCUAGAGAUGCCGGUCAUGGAUGGUGUGACGUGUGCUCGAAAAAUCCGAGAACUGGAGAGGGAGGGAACCAUCAUCAAGCACAUUCCGAUCAUCGCGGUAACGGCUUACGCACGGCCUGAGCAGAUUGAGAAUGCCAAGGCCGCGGGUAUUGACGACGUCAUUUCAAAGCCGUUCCGGAUACCUGAGCUGAUUCCUAAGAUCGAGGAACUAGUCGCCAAGUACAAAAACCUCUCCGUUUCCACCGAGCAGUAG